GCUGCUAACUCUUGGCUGGACGAGGGAUUGCAGGUAGCGGGGGCAUCUUUUCGGAUUCCCACGAUACGAACUUUGGUCGACCCAACGCUCCCGCAUUGGGAUGACUGCGAAUGGAACCGCUACACUCAGGCUUCGGCUGAAUCCACGACCACCUCGUUGACGGCUCCGACAUUCCCGCUCUCGGACUCGCCGUCCUGCAGCCUUCAGCGCUGCCGCGAUCAGUCGCAUAUGUCUGACUCGCCGUCCACUGCAAGUUCCUUGCCCAUACACGUGCCCGUUCCCGUUCCCGUUCCGGUGCCCUCACCCAUGCCCAUGCCCGCAACAUCUGAUCCGCACUCCCCUCUGCUUGCAGGGAUGUCGAGAUUGUGUUCCACACCUAUUCUCUCGCCACACGAUGAUGGAGCAAGCUGCCGCAGCGAGACGAUGAUACCGCCCAUGUUCAUCCCACCCACAACUAGUAUACGAUCUGCCUCCCCGAUGGACGUGCAUGUGAUAGAUCCGACAAGAGGAUGCGAGCGGCACGACAGCCCUGGCAUGGAUAGAUCCACGGGUAGUGACAAUGAUGACAAGGCGCCGGACGCGGAUAAGGCGAUUGGCACAUACGGGUCUCGGACUGAACGCUCGCCGUCUGCGAGCCCACGAAUCACUCGAUCACAUGGGCGGGCACAGGAGACUCCGAAUACCAAGAGAUCAACACCUCCGCGGUCACCUAGACGGAAGCCUGUGCGAUAUCUACGCUCGAGAGGCAAAGUCACGUACGCAGAUGCUGACGACGACGACGGAGAUACAUCCGUUCCCAGGCCUCGUCCCUCGGCUCGAAAGCGCAAGGCCCAGGCCCAGCACGCACGCGGGAGGCUCUCUGACAGUCCCAACGGUGUGUGCGCGGACGACGGACCAAAGAGAAGCAGGCGAGGACGGAAGAAGCCCCGGGCGGUCAAGAAGUACUGCUGUUCGCAGCCUAUGUGCGAGAAGAGCUUCAGCCGGUCGUUCGACCUGAGACGUCACAUGGACAUCUGCGCUGGCCCAGGUGAGAAGAAAGCGCCUGCGCAGCACUUCUGCGACAGUUGCGGGAGAGGAUUCAAUCGCAAGGAUGCGUUGAGGCGGCAUUGCAUGGAGAUGCCGGCGGCGUGUACGAAGUACUUGCGGGGGCUGGAGAAGCGAGCAGCGCUUCAGAGUGGCAAGGAGGAUACGACGAACGGUGUUUCGAGCGGGAGUCCAAGCGGCGGGGCUCUACAGCAGGAGUGGUGUAGCCUGGGCGGGAACGACCAGGAGGACAGUGGGACCGAAUCGGGGGACGAGGAUGGAGGCAUGAUUCAUUGACUUUGAGUGAUCACUCAACCUUCGCAUCUCCCCACUGAAAUACCUCCAUUCUGACCACUGCAUCCACCGUUUCAGACAUGCCAGUCAUCCAUACAUAGUGCGUAGCUCCAAU